AUAUUAAAACAUUCAGCAAGGUUCCUGAGAAACAACAAUGGCCUUCAUCAGUACUACUGUCCAGAGCUUCCUUUCUCCGAGAAUCUCACUGAAGACCAACAGGGGCUCCAAGACCAAUAUCAGUCCCAGAUUGUCCCUUAACGAAAAUCCAACGCCUUCAACAUCCAAGAAACUGUUCAACUCCAUCACAAAGCUAUUGUGGGGGCCGUCGCUUCCUCCAGGCCUCCUCAUCUCCACCGUCCGUACGGCAUGGAAUUCAACGUGGCAACUCAUGAUGUCUCAGCUUGCGCCGUCCGACCCUUCCGGCGCCUACUCUAGACCCGCCUCUAGGUUUCGCCUCACUUCACCCUCCUCCGAUACUAACAACCUCCACCUCUAUGUGGGCCUUCCGUGCCCUUGGGCCCACCGGACCCUUAUCGUCCGGGCACUUAAGGGCCUGGAGGACGCCGUUCCUGUCUCAAUUGCGUCUCCUGGCCUCGACGGUUCCUGGGAGUUCCGUGAUUUCCAUGGCCCGGAGAGGGAAGUACUUGUCCCGAGCAGGGAUAGAGCGAACCGGUGUAGGAAUCUGAGAGAUGUUUAUCGGUCGAGGAGUGAAGGGUAUAAUGGGCGUGCCACAGUGCCGAUGUUGUGGGAUAUGGAGAAGAAGGAAGUGGUGUGCAAUGAGAGCUAUGAUAUUAUUGAAUUCUUCAAUUCUGGGCUUAACGGGUCAGCCAGCAAUCCGGAUUUGGAUUUAUCGCCGCCUUGGUUGAAGGGAAAGAUUGAGGAUUGGAACCGUGUGAUUUAUCCCAAUGUGAAUAAUGGGGUUUAUAGAUGUGGGUUUGCUCAAAGUCAAGAGGCAUAUGAUGCUGCUGUUAAUGAACUGUUCAGUACAUUGGACAUGAUAGAUGAUCACUUGAGUGGCUCACGAUAUCUAUGUGGAGAUACACUUACGCUUGCGGAUGUUUGCCUGUUCACUACUUUGAUUCGAUUCGAUCCUGUUUAUAGUGUUCUGUUCAAAUGCACAAAGAAGAAGCUACUUGAGUACACCAAUCUUCGUGGCUAUAUGCAGGACAUUUAUCAGAUCCCAAAAGUUGCGACAACUUGCAACUUUUCUGCAAUUAUGGAUGGUUACUAUAAAAUACUUUUCCCACUGAAUCCAGGUGGCAUUCGGCCUGUUACUCCAAUGAGCUAUGAGCAUGAAGUUCUCUCCAGACCACAUAACAGAGAUUCACUGCCAGUGGUGGGUGAGAGCACGCGAGCUUAUGUUUCAUAAGUUAGCUUAGUUGACAACUUUUUCGCUGUGUAUAAUGUACAAUUACCUGAAUUCAUACAAAGUAUAGCAUAAACACUAUUUUGCCUGCAUAUU